AAAAGCUUCCCAGCAGAAAAGGGUAAUACUUAAAUGAGGUGGAAAGAGCAAAGACUCGGACUUUGGGUGUCUAUUGGUCAAGACUCGUUUUGUUGUUUCUCGGUUUUCAGCUCCCUUUAAUACCCCUAGAGGGAAUAAUUUCCUGCCGAAUUCCAGUUUGUAUUUCCAAUUUCGGUAAAGUUUGAGGGAGGAGGGAGGGAGGAAGAGUUGAAAGGAGGGGCUUUGAUUCCGGAGGUGAAUGGGUACAUCUCCUCGCGAUAAAUGAUAGAUGUAUCAGCCAAAGAGUGUUCAUAAUUCAAGCCUAGUCCAAAAAAACUCGCUAGUUCAUGGUCAGCAUUUAGAUUGUGUUAUGGACCCAAUCAGUGGAGGAAACGGUCACGACAACGCCAGUCUUGCCUCGAAGCAACGCUUGCGUUGGACACAUGAGCUUCAUGAACGUUUUGUUGAUGCUGUGGCACAACUUGGUGGGCCUGACCGGGCUACACCCAAAGGUGUCCUCAGAGUAAUGGGUGUUCAAGGUCUAACAAUAUAUCAUGUCAAAAGCCAUUUACAGAAAUACCGGCUUGCAAAAUAUCUCCCUGACUCAUCAUCAGAUGGGAAAAAAGCUGAUAAGAAAGAAACUGGGGAUAUGCUUUCAAGUUUGGAUGGUUCAUCUGGGAUGCAAAUAAAUGAAGCACUCAAGCUGCAGAUGGAGGUGCAGAAGCGACUGCAUGAGCAAUUAGAGGUUCAGAGGCAGCUACAGUUACGGAUAGAAGCCCAGGGCAAAUACUUGAAGAAGAUAAUCGAGGAGCAACAACGAUUUGGAGUUCUUUCAGAAACAUCUGGUUCUGGGGUGCCAGGUCCAGCAUCAGGUGACAAUUGCCCAGAUUCUGACAUUAAGACUGACCCAGCAACCCCUGCCCCAACCUCCGAGGGCCCCCUACAAGACAAGGCCGCCAAGGAAUGUGCCCCUGCCAGCCUUUCCAUUGAUGAAUCUUUCUCAUCUCACCAUGAACCAUUGACUCCAGAUUCUGGUUGCCAUCUCAGUUCCCCAGCUGAGAGUCCCAAAGGCGAAAGGUUGAUUAAGAAGCAAAGAGUCCUUGUGGGUGGAGCAUAUGCUAAACCAGAAAUGGUGCUUCCACAUCAGAUACUUGAGUCGAGUUGCAUCUCAUACCAGCAGCAACACUCUAUUUUUCUGUCCAGAGAGCAGUUUGAACCUUCAUCGGAUGUAUCAAUCAGGAAUGAAGAUCACAUGGAAAAGUUUGGGCCAAACUGAUGUGAUGCUGCGCAGGCUAAUAACAUUUUUUGUUGUCUGUAGUUUCUUCAGAGUAUAUAUCUCUAAUUUAGUCAAAGAACUCUUUAUCACAAAUGUACUGGGAUGAUAAUUUCAGCAUGGAGACAUUUCCAUAAGAGAUGAUGGUUUACUAAAUUCAGAGAAUUGUUGUAAAUAGAUGCUGGGAUUUGGUUCAAUUAUCAGGUGCUACUUGUAACAUGGACACCACUUAAUAAAUGAGAUAUGAAUCCCUUGCCAUUCAAAUGAA